AUGGCCAAGUCCACCAACCACACCGCGCACAACCAGUCGUACAAGAACCACCGCAACGGUAUCAAGAAGCCGAAGAAGCCGACGACGCCGUCCACCAAGGGGAUGGAUCCGAAGUUCCUUCGCAACCAAAAGUACGCGAAGAAGGGCAGCCUUAAAGCGGCUGGGAAGAAGUAA